AUGACCCUCUGCUGUCUGUUCUUCACCACAUAUUUCAUAACCAAAAACACGAUUAAUCCGAUAAAUGAGGCGCCGAUUAGAAACGAGACGAGCAUUGAAAUGACCACUAAAUGUAUUUUAUACCAAUUGAUGGCUUGCGGUAAUGGAUUCGCCAUUACAUCCGAUUUGUUUACUCGCAUCGAUCAUACCGUCUGUGCCUUUCUUAAGACACUUGGGUUGAGAACCGCUCCAAAAGCCUUUAAUACAGAAUCUCUUAUUAUCGCCGAAGAGCUCAAUGUCUGUCUCAUUGCCGGAACGACACGAAUAGAUGGCUUUGGAACCGGUCUCGGCGUUUGGCGUUCCGUUCAAAUAAAACGGUACGAAGAAUACAAUUUCAUUCAAUACGAGUGCGACUCUGAGGACAAACUUCUUGUGGGCAACUCUACUAUGCGUUGCAUUAAUGGUAAAUGGAUUGGAAAUCUUCCCCGAUGUGCACUUGAAUCCAAGUCGAGUCCUAAGUCUCUAAUAAUACCCGAUUAUAUGACCGGCAAAAAGCUUUAUAGAUUUUUUGGUCAAUUUUUUAAGGGUUGUUAUAAACCGGAAUUCAGUUGGAAUAUCACUUCCAGUCAAAGAGUGUCCAUUCAAUUGCAAAACGAAGACCGUAUCGAUUAUUUUGCGCUCAUAUUGUUUGCCAAGGAUUUGAUGACACACUUGUCGAGCGGCGAUCUCGUGGUGAAGGCUCGCAUCCAUAAGUCCCGCAAACAGUGUUUCGUCGACACGUAUGACACGAUUGAUGGCAAUCCAAGCAAAACCAAAGUGUCGUUUAAGUGUCAAUUCGUUGCCGACGAAUACAUACACUCGGACUUUGAGUCUCUGCGAACGGAUCCCAUCAAAAUAAUCUCAUUUGACAUUCAAACCAAACACAAACUCUUAGUGACGUUUUGCUCGUUUAAGUCCUAUUCGUUCAGCGAUUCGUGCGGUUCGACCGAAAAGCCGUUGCAUUCAACUGAAUUGAGUCGCGAGAAGUCGUUCACAAUCUUCGGCUGCGACGAAGACUUUUAUUUGGAACCGAUUAACAGCCAGAAAGUGGUUUGCGAUGCGUUCGGCAAUUGGGACGCAAAGUUUCCCCGAUGUUUGGCCCGUUCUCUAUGCGCUCUACCGGCGAUGGACGCCAACGAUCACUACAUUCACGUCGAGUACAAGUACUUAAACUAUUUGAACGGAACGCCAAACGCCGAGACCGGUUCCAAAGCCAUCUAUUCGUGCCGUUCCGGCAAUGAGACCGACAUUGAGCUCUUCGGCGAUAAUAAGAGAUUCUGUAUUAAAGGCUUUUGGAGCGGUUCUCAACCCAAGUGUCUUAAGAAAGGCACAGACGCCUAUAACUUAAGUGAAUACAAGAAGUUUCAUAAAUACAAUGAAUAUAUCAAUACAAACAAAUCGGAUGUAAUGGCGAAUCCAUUACCGCAAGCCAUCAAUUGGUAUAAAAUACAUUUAGUGGUCAUUUCAAUGCUCGUCUCGUUUCUGAUCGGCGCCUCAUUUAUCGGAUUAAUCGUGUUUUUGGUUAUGAAAUAUGUGGUGAAAAACAGACAGCAGAGGGCUAACCAAAACAUCCCAUCAGUGGUUGUGAGCGAACCCAACCAUUACUAUGAGAGAAACACUUACGAAGAAUAUCGAUACGAAUCCAUACGAUUGAAUACAUCGGAGUUCCUAGAGUUGGAGAGAAUUAACUCAUUAUAUCAAUCAAACAAUGGAUUGGAAAACAAUGCAAAAUAA